AUGAGUCGCGGUGGAGCCAAGGCGGCGAAAUCGCUUUUAGCGGCGGGUGGACCACGUUUGUUCUUCUCGACGACCACUAAUACGAUCCGUGCUGUUUCGUCUCACGAGGCGGCGUUAUCAGCUAGCCGUCUUUUGAAGCCUGAGGUUGCUUCUGCUUGGAUCUGGACUAGAGCUCCGACGGUUAAUGGAGGUAUGAGAUUCGCCAGCACGAUUACUCUUGGGGAGAAAACGAAGGAGGAAGAGGCGAAUCAGAAGAAAACAGAGA